AUGACCACCCUUUCUCCAGAAAGUAGCCUCUCUGUGAAGCGCUCCGCCACCUUCAUCCUGACAAAGAGAAACCCCCCAAUUGACAAGUCUGAAUGGGACAGCUUCUUCGAUGAGAAUGGUCACUUAGCCAAGUCACGAGACUUCAUCUGUGUUAACAUCCUGGAAAGGGGUCUACACCCCUUCGUGAGGACGGAAGCCUGGAAGUUCCUCACAGGCUACUACUCAUGGCAGAGUUCCCGAGAUGAGCGGCUCAUGGUGGACAGCAACAGGAGGAGGAACUAUCAAGCCUUGUGCCAGAUGUAUGAGAAAAUCCAGCCCCUACUGGAAAACCUGCAUGGGAACUUCACAGAGACUCGGAACAACAUUGCGUAUGACCUCCAGAGGCUCUGUGACAAAGACGCCCUGGGCAACGUGCUGGUGGACAAGAAGAAACUGGAGAAGAACUUGUUGCUGAGUUAUGUCUGCAACACAAAGGCUGAGUACCAGCGAGGCUUCCAUGAGAUGAUGAUGCUUUUCCAGCUGAUGGUGGAGCAUGACCAUGAGACCUUCUGGCUCUUCCAGUUCUUUCUACAGAAAACAGAGCACAGUUGUGUCAUCAACGUCGGGGUAGGCAAGAACCUGGACAUGCUCAACAGCCUGAUCGCUUUACUGGACCCUGAAUUUUCUGAACACCUCAAAGGGAAGGGCUCAGGAGCCGUGCAGUCCCUCUUCCCCUGGUUCUGCCUUUGCUUCCAACAUGCCUUCAAAUCCUUCGAUGAUGUCUGGAGGCUCUGGGAGGUCAUGCUGACGGGGAAGCCGUGCAGGAACUUCCAGGUGCUGGUGGCCUACAGCAUGCUACAGAUGGUGCGUGAGCAAGCGCUGCUGGAGAGCAUGAGUGGAGAUGCCAUCCUCCUGGCCUGCAACAACCUCAUUGACCUUGAUGCUGAUGAGCUGAUCUCUGCCGCCUGCAUGGUUUACGCUGAGCUCAUACAAAAAGAGUGUCAUCUGUGCUGCCUAUACCGCAUGGUGGCAAGGGGGGGCGCCCUCUGGGUGUCUUCAGCCCUGCCUGGGGCACACGGCAGUGGAGCAGGGGCUUGA